AGGCUGCUGCUGCACGGUGGGAGUGCCCGGGGCUGGGGAGGAAGUUUGACAUAAAGUGAAGAGGAGGAGGAGGAGAAGUGACAGCCCUGAAUUGUUUUGGUCAGUAGAACAGAACAGGCAGUGUGAGAGCAGAAUGUGAGCUCCCAGCAAGGGACCCGGCAACAGCGGCAGCAACAACGCCCGGAGCAAAGUCCCAGACUAAAUACCUGGGGCCCCAGCACCUUUCAUGUCUUAGGGUCUCAGUGCAACUUGGGUCCCAGAUGUACACUAACGGGGUGCCACCUGGCUCAGGCAGCAGCGUUCACUGUCCCCGAGUUCUCCCCAUCUGGAAACCCAUCUCGUCCAGCACAGACCGACUAGUGGAUCAGAAUGAGCAGGAGCAAAGGGUGAGAAGGAAGGAGCUCAGCAAAUCCCCUUCGCUACAGAAGCCCGCAGUUCCCCCAAAGCCGGAAAUUCUGACCACAUCUCCGUCUCCGCAAAAACCCCAAACUCCCAUCAGCCGGACCUUUCCCAGGGGGCGGCCAAAGAUGGAGGACGUGACGUCCAACUCAGGGGAAAAGCCGACGAAGAUCUCGGAUCUCAUCAGUCGCUUCGAAGGCGGCAGCCCAGGUGAGAUCCGGAAAGCCUCCCCGAGCAACUUGAGCAAUGGGCCGAACCACAAGCCAAGGUCUAAGGUGAUCCUGCAGCCGUUUACCGAGCACCCACUCCUGCACAGGCAAGGAACCAACCAGGACAUCAUCCAGGAGCAGCCCAAAGUCACAGCCAAUGGGAUGGCCACCGUUACUAAGGCAGAAUCCGGGAGGAAAAACGCACUAGCCACUCCCACCAUACAGACUCCGCCCCCUAAUGGCACACAGAGUCCUCCUUUGGGGACACCGGAUGUUCUACCUGAGCCAAAAACUGCACCCCCACUACCACCUGCUUUGCCCCCUAACAAGGCCGCCAUUGUUGAGAGGAUGGUGAAUGGAGAAGGUUCUGAGGUGGCCCAAAAGCCCCCCAUUAUGGGCCAAACCAACCAAGGCUACGAGGAGACAGAACCUCCUAUAGAGUCGAGUCCAACCGGGGAAGCCCUGGAAGAUAUCGGCACCAUUAACAUCACCAUUGCCGAGCCCACUGACUUUAAGGAGACUAACGAGCAGAAGCUUCACAACAUCGCUAACGAGCUCUUAGAGACGGAGAGGGCCUAUGUCAGCCGCCUGGAACUUCUGCAGACGUUCCACGACGCCCUGAUGAAGGAGGCCAAACAAGGAUCUUUCCCCGUCGAAGUGUUAAAUAAAAUAUUCUCCAACAUCUCGUCGAUACAAAGCUUUCACGGGCAGUUCCUGCUGCCGGAGUUGGAGUCUCGGAUGAAGGAGUGGUCCAUCAGCCCAAAGAUCGGGGACAUUCUGCAGAAGCUGGCGCCCUUCCUCAAGAUGUACGCCGAGUACGUGAAAAACUUUGACAACGCCAUGGAGACGCUGAGGGGGUGGAUGGAGAAGAGCGUGCAGUUUAAGAACGUCGUGGAAGAAAUUCAGAGAGAGGGGAAAUGCGGCAAUUUAACUCUGCAGCACCACAUGUUGGGGCCGGUCCAACGGAUCCCUCGCUACGAGAUGCUGCUGAAGGACUAUUUGCGCAAACUGCCCGCAGACUCGCUCGACCGCAAGGAUGCCGAAAAGGCGCUGGAGCUCAUUUCAUUUGCCGCCACGCACUCAAACACGGCGAUCCGGAAAAUGGAAAAUCUGAAGAAGCUGCUGAGCAUCUAUGAAAUGUUGGGGGAAGAGGAAGACAUUGUGCACCCCUCUAACGAGUUAAUCAAGGAGGGGCAAAUCCUGAAGCUCGCUGCCCGAAACACCUCGGCCCAAGAGCGUUACCUCUUCUUGCUCAACAACAUGUUGCUUUACUGCGUGCCGAAAUUCAGCUUGGUCGGCACCAAGUACACGCUCCGCACCAAGAUCGGCCUGGAAGGAAUGAAGGUGGUCGAGACUCAGAACGAGGAUUAUCCGCACACGUUCCAGAUAUCGGGGAAAGAACGGACGCUGGAGCUGCAGGCCAGCUCCGAGCAGAACAAAGAAGAGUGGAUUAAAGCUCUGCGGGACACCAUUGCAGAAGUGCAGCAGAAGAACGAAACCUUUAAAAUCGCAAUCGCAAAAGAACUGGAGGAAACGCCCAGCGAAGUGUCAAGAGCGGAACUCGGGCUGAGGGCCCCACGUUGGAUUCGGGAUAACGAAGUGACGAUGUGUAUGAAGUGCAAGGAGCAGUUCAAUGCGCUGACGCGGCGGAGGCACCACUGUCGGGCUUGUGGCUAUGUGGUUUGCUGGAAAUGUUCAGAUUACAAAGCCACCCUGGAAUACGACAGUAACAAGAUGAACAAAGUGUGUAAAGAUUGUUACAAGAUCCUGCGGGGGAGCAUAGACAGCGAGGAGAAGGAGAAGAAGAGGGGCAUCCUGGAGAUUGAAUCGGCUGAAGUCUCGGGGAACAGUGUAAUUUGCAGUUUUCUCCAAUACAACGAGAAGUCGAAGCCCUGGCAGAAGGUUUGGUGCGUUAUCCCCAAGAAUGAGGCGCUGGUGCUGUAUAUGUACGGGGCGGCCCAGGACGUGAAGGCCCAGGCCACCAUCCCGCUGUUGGGCUACACGGUGGACGAUGCCCCGCGCCACGUGGAUUUGCCCCACAGCUUCAGGCUGACCCAGUCCAAGUCGGUGCACACGUUCUCGGCAGACACGGAGGAGCUCAAGCAGAAAUGGCUGAAGAUGAUAAAACUGGCGGUGAUUGGGGAGACCCCUGAGGAACCAGAGGAGACCACCCCGGCCUCGGAGGGACAGUCGGAACCUUCUCAUUAGUGAAAGCCGAGUCUGUUCCAAUCAGAACCGAUACCGGGGGGAUCUAUUUCUAAGGAACAAAGCUGAGAUCUCCCCGGUGGGAAGGGACAGCGACAUUCAGUCCAAGUGAAUUCCCUUUCUCUCCGUGAUAGGACCGUGUGUAAUGGCCGCCUCUUCUGUGGGCGGGGUUUUCUACCUUUUUCUUAUCUCUUUUUUUUUUAAGGCCCCAUUUGUUUAGGGUCAAUCCCUGCCCAGAAAGUGGAAGAGUCCUAUGAUGUUCUCAGGCGGGCCUGAGCCGACCUCUGUUUUCUUAUUGGCUUAUAAGCCAUUCACAUUGAUAUCCCUGGACUGAGCUAUUCAGGUUGUUUCCACCAAUAUAUCCAGAGCUGUCUGUAGUUGGGGUACAUUAAAGGGCACUGUAGGGGCUGGGCGGAGACUGUAGGACAGGGCAGGGCGGAGACUGUAGGGCUUGGAGGAGACUGAGCUAUUCUGAUUUAUUCCACCAUUAUAGCCAGAACCAGAGCUAUCUUUAGUUGAGUGUCCAUAAAAGGGGACUGUCCUGGGGUCCUGUAGGGCAAGGUGGGGACUGUAGGGGCAGGGCGGAGACUUUAGAGCAGGGUGGAGACUCUAGAGCAGGGCGGAGACUGUAGAGCAAAAUGGAGACUGUAUGGCAAGAUGGAGACUGUAGGGCAAGAUGGAGACUGUAGGGCAAGAUGGAGACUGUAGGACAAGAUGGGGACAGUAGGGCAAGAUGGAGACAGUAGGACAAGAUGGAGACUGUAGGGCAAGAUGGAGACUGUAGGGCAAGAUGGGGACAGUAGGGCAAGAUGGGGACAGUAGGGCAAGAUGGAGACAGUAGGACAAGAUGGGGACAGUAGGACAAGAUGGGGACAGUAGGGCAAGAUGGGGACAGUAGGGCAAGAUGGAGACAGUAGGGCAAGAUGGGGACAGUAGGGCAAGAUGGGGACAGUAGGGCAAGAUGGG